AAGGGAUUACUUUAUUCAUAAUAAUUCAUAUAUAAAAUUCUUAUAUUAUGCUUUACAAAAAAUUUCUGCUUUUCCAGCUUAUGAUUAAUUCUCCAUAGUAUUGUGGAAUUUUCGAAAAAUGGCUUUCGUUUCUAGAACUCUACGAAAAAUACGCAACAAUUGGAAAAAGUCCACCUUUGCAGCCGUAGUUUUAACAUACGGAUAUAACUGGACUGAAAAUUAUGUUCAAACCCAAGAAUUGAUGAGGAUAUAUUGUGAAAAAGCUUCUAAUUUUGGUAGACAACAUAUUCCUGAGAAUAAAACACCUCGAACUGUCACUGUUAUUCUGAAUCCUAAUGCUAAUAAAAGAAGCGCAGUUGAUGAAUUUGAAAAAUAUUGCGCCCCAAUUUUUCACUUAGCAGGCUUCCUAGUGAACAUUGUAAAAACAGAAUCCGAAGGCCAUGCAAGGAAAUUGGUCCAAGAUUUGAAUAAUACUGAUGCUAUUAUUGUAGCUGGAGGGGAUGGUACUUUGUGCGAGGUUGUGACUGGUCUUCUUAGAAGAACUGGAGAGAAUAAUACUGGCCUGGUUCCUAUUGGCAUACUUCCUCUUGGUAGGAAUAAUACACUAGCAAAAUCUUUAUUUCCUGGUGGUCAUCAUUUACAGAAAGUGAAAUCUUUGGUGGAUGCUUCAAUGGCAGUUGUAGAAGAAUCCACAAAACUAGUUGAUGUAAUGAAGGUGGAAAUAAGUGAAAAUGGCACUGAAGAUGACCCAAAACCAAUUUAUGCUCUAUGUAAUAUAAAAUGGGGUGCAUAUAGGGAUGCAGAAGUAUUAAAAGAAAAAUAUUGGUAUUAUGGAUCUUUCAGGAAAUAUGCUACUUAUAUAUUCAAUGGACUCAAAGACAGUUUGACGUGGAAGAUCAAUGCAAAUUUAGCUUAUUCUCCUCCUUGUGAAGGUUGUUCAAAUUGCUCAGUAAAAAAAGAACGUCAAACAAAUCAAAAAUGGUUUCAAAGAUUCUCAAAAGAAAAUAUUCAGAACAAUAAGUAUGCUAGGGUUCUGAAUCCAGAAUGUGCCACCAUGCUUGAAAAAAAAGUUGAGACUUCUGAUUUAGUCAUUUCAACAUCAAACAUCUCUUCCAACAACUCUGACAUUCCCAAAUUGCAUUUGAGUAUUGGACCCAAAUCUAUAAGUUACUUAGAUUUUGUCAAGCAGGGAUGGAGUUCAGAGAAAGGCAAUCAAAGAAAGUUUGAGGAAAACUUAGAUGCCAGAUCAAUGGUGAUUGAACCUCAAGAGACAUGGAGUGAAGAAAAAGGCCUUUGGUUCUCUAUUGAUAAUGAUGAAUUUGAAGUGAAACCAAUCAAGAUAACUUUAGUUCCUAAGUUUAUACCCAUGUUUUGUAAAAAAGAAAGUCUUUAGUUGAAACAAUAAAAUGCUU